UAUCAUAUUGUAUGCCAGACUGAAAGACAAAAUCAUAGUCCCCCAGCUAAAGAUAUGCUCCCAAGCAAAAAUACAUCAACCACUUUUGCUUACCAUCCCCUCAAUCACCUUCUGAAAACAUGUGGACUUUACAUGAGACGAGAAGUGGAGUAGCCCAUCUUAUAUUUACACACACAAGACAUUUCAAUGUGCUUUUUUUUCACUUAAUACGCCUAACCUGAAUUUCAACGCCAUCUCAACCAGACAACCAUCAUGAAUGGGUUGUACGGUGUCGCAGCUGUACUACGAGGACACGGUGAGGCGGUGCAAGGAGCGGCGCCGCCUGAUGAAGGAAGCGGUCCAUGCACUUCACCUCUGGGCUGCUGCGCACGCCGAUUAUUGCUGCUCCCUCCGGCUCACGGGCUCUGCCCUCUCCUCCUUCGCCGCUGGCGAACCCCUCUCCGUCUCUGACCAAACCCUGGCCGUCCUACUUCAUUCCCCCAACUCACAUCCAUCUCAUGUCCAUCCUGUUCCCCCGUCCCCUUCUCUGUCCCUCCACUCGCCGCCUCCUUCUCCUGAUUUAGCUCCCGCUCUGUCGUCGCAAGAGGACUUGAAAGAGAUUGGGGACGGGAUCAAUGAGAAUUUCGACAAGGUUCCUGCUGCUGCCGCCGCCGGAGAUCGGGUCGAGAUGGUGGAGAUCGGCUCUUCCUCCUUUGCUGCUGCCGAACUCCACCCCCUCUCUGACCAAAGCCCGGUUGUCCUACUUCAUUCCCCCAACUCCCAUCCAUCUCAUGUCCAUCAUGUACCCCCGGCCCCUUCGCCGUCCCUCCACCAGUCGCCUCCUCCUCCCCAUUCGGCUCCCGCUUCGUCGCACACGUCCUUGAAAGAGAUUGUGGAUGGGAUCAAAGAGAAUUUCGACAAGGCUGCUGCUGCCGGAGAUCAGGUCUCCGAGAUGCUGGGGAUCGGCCGAGCUCAGUUGGACCGGAGCUUCCGGCAAUUGAAAAAAACUGUCUAUCAUUCCAGCGGUGUGUUGAGUAAAUUAAGCUCGAGAUGGACGUCGAAGCCGCCGUUGGCGGUGAAGUAUGGACUGGACACAGCGGCUGUGGAUGAAACACGCGGUUCGAAGAGCCUCUGCUCCACUCUAGAGGGUGCAAAGAUUGAGCACGACAAGAAGCUGUCGGCAUUGCAGAGUCAAGAGUACAAGGGGAGAAACGAAACCAAGCUAGAUAAGACGAAGGCCUCUAUAGAAAGACUGCAUUCACUGAUUAUUGUCAAUUCUCGGGCUGUCUCCACUACCUCAACUUCAAUCAUUGAUCUUAGAGACAGUGAUCUUGUUCCUCAGCUUGUGGAACUCUGUAAUGGCUUCAUGUACAUGUGGAGGUCAAUGCGUCAGUACCACGAAGUUCAGAACCACAUUGUGCAACAAGUGGCUGGCCCCGUAAACAUAUCUGUAAAUGGUGACUCUACUUCUGAACUGCGUAGGCGGGCAACCCAUGAUCUGGAGUCUGCUGUCUCUGCCUGGCACUCUAGUUUCUGCCGCUUGAUAAAAUUUCAAAGGGACUUUAUUCGUUCCCUCCAUGGCUGGUUCGAGCUCACCCUUAUACCUGUAAGCAACGAUAAUGUUGAUGGCAACGGGCAACCCUCUACUGUAUUGGACUUUAUUAAUCAGUGGAAGCUUGCUCUUGACCGAGUUCCUGAUACAGUUGCUUCAGAAGCUAUCAAGAGCUUUAUCAAGGCUGUCCAUGACAUAUCCGUCAAGCAAACCAAAGAGCACAGGAUUAAAAAGCGAACGGAAACCCUAUCGAAAGAGUUUGAGAAGAAGGCUUCAGCCCUUCAAAGCAUGGAAAGGAAAUUCUACCACCCAUACCCUAUGGUAGGUACCAGCGUUCCUGCUACUGGGCCUGAUAAUGGACAGGUUUUAGAUGCUCAGGAUCCUGUUGCAGAUAAGAAAUCAGAGCUUGCAGCCUGCCAAAGGCGGAUGGAAGGCGAAAAGCUGAGGCUUUCCAAGGCAGUUGAGCAAGCCUUUGCUGCAUCUAUCAUCAACGAAAUGGCUGAGACUCCUAAUACCGAAGCCAAAUCGACAGGGGGAGCUAUGACAGCAGAAGCAAGGACAAGAAUUCAUCUAGAUUCUCCAUACUAUCUUCAUCCCAGCGAUGAUCCUGGAAGAAUCCUUGUCACCACUCCAUUGAAUGGAGAGAACUACCACACUUGGAGGAAGGCAAUGCAAAAUGCCCUUUACGCCAAAAACAAGAUGGGCUUUGUGGAUGGAACUCUAAAACCAGAUGCAAAAUCACUCGAGAUGCUUGCUUGGACCAAAUGCAACUCGAUGGUGGACGAUCUCAAGGAGCGGUUCUCUCAAGGGAAUGCAACACGAGUACAUGAAUUAAAGUUGGAAUUAGCAAAUCUCACUCAACAAACAAGGUCAAUGGCUGCAUACUAUACCAAAAUGAAGCCGAUUUGGGACGAAUUGCAAGCCUAUGAUCCAAUCCCCACAUGUUCGUGCGGAUGUACCUGUGAUGCAGCCAAAGAUUUCACUAAAUCCAAAGAAGUAGAGAAGGUUCACCAAUUUUUAAGGGGACUGAAUGACAAUUUUUCCACCAUGAGAUCACAGAUUCUAAACAUGGAGCCAUUGCCAUCCUUGAACAAAGUUUAUGCCAUGGCAACCAAGGAGGAAAGACAGCAGGCAGUGGCCUCCACAAGAUCUCUAGUGAUUGAGGCUAUAGCCUUAGCAGCUAAGAGUCAUUCCAACAUGCGCACCAAUGCAUCAGGGAAGCCACGGUGUGAUCAUUGCAAAAAGGUUGGUCAUAUAAAGGAUAAAUGUUUUGAGAUAAUAGGCUACCCAACCAGUUGGAAGCUUGGAAGCAUAAAAUCCAAAGGGAAGAAUGAGCAACAGAGGAAUCAGGCUCGAGACAGAAAUCUAGUCUUUGCAGGAAAUGCUUCCCAAGAAUCACAAAAUGAAGGUUCAUCAGACCAAUCACCAAUUGUAGGAUUGACGAAGAAGCAAUAUGAGCAACUUCUCUCACUUCUCAAUGAUAGUGGAGCUUCAAACCAUAUGACACCCCAUAUUACAAAUUUCAUUGAGAAAAGCCCUUACUGCUCACCUGUAAAAAUUCUAAAUGGAUCAUCUCUUGAUGUAUCACACAUAGGAAAAGUAGAGCUUCCUAAUGAUGUCACAUUAGAAAAUGUCUUAUAUGACCUUACCUCGAGGAAGCUGAUUGGAAUGGGCAAGCUUUAUAAUGGGAUCUAUUACUGUGACUUUGGCCAUAAAACUGCAGCCAGUCAAAGAAAGCAAGAGGAUGAGGCAUCACUUGAGCUAUGGCAUAGGAGAUUUGCCAUGCCUUCCAAUAGUGGUGCUUAUUAUUUCUUGACUAUAAUGGAUGACUUUUCUCGUUGCACAUGGAUCUAUUUAUUAAAGAAUAAGUCUGAGGCAUCCUUUUAUCUUAUAAAUUUUUGUCGUAUGGUGAAAACUCAGUUUGGUAGCCAGGUUCAAAAGAUCAGAAGUGACAAUGGAAAAGAAUUCACUGAUGGUCCAAUGAAGGAUUUUUCUCAACAACAAGGCAUCUUGCAUCAAACUUCCUGUGUCAAUACACCACAACAAAAUGGUGUAGUUGAACGCAAACACCACCACUUACUUGAGGUUGCUAGGGCCCUGCAUUUCCAAGCCAACCUACCUCUAAAAUUCUGGGGUGAUUGUAUCCUCACUGCUGCUUAUUUGAUCAAUCUAACCCCAACACUUGUUCUUUCUGGACUCACACCCUUUGAAAAGCUCUUCAAAAAGACACCUAACUAUCAUUACAUCAAAACCUUUGGCUGUCUUUGUUUUGCCCAUAACAAUUCUAAAGCUUGGAAUAAAUUUGGUAGCAGGGCAUCCAAAUGUGUGUUCAUAGGAUAUCCUUUUGGAAAACGUGGAUAUAAAGUUUAUGAUUUGGAGACACAUGAAAUUUUUAUCUCGAGGGAUGUUAUUUUCUAUGAAGAAAUCUUCCCUUACAGGUUAGAAGAUGUUGCCACCACCACUAUACCACCACUACUACCAAAUGUUGCUGAACCAAACAUAAACAAUCAUGACCAACCUGUGAACCCCACAAAUCAAGAUAUAAGCACAAAUCAUGACAUUGAACAGCCUCCUAGCCCACAUCGAGAACGACAUCCACCAAAGCAUUUCAAUGACUAUGUAUGCGAUUGGCCACAGUCCAUGGAUCCUAAGCAAGCUCCAUUGCACUCAGCCAACUCAGCGGCCAUCACCUCUGUGGAUGAGCCAAGCUCUUUUUCUCAAGCAGUUAAGGACGAGAAGUGGAGAGAAGCAAUGCAAAAAGAGAUUACUGCCCUUGAACAGAAUGGGACUUGGACAAUUGAGACUCUACCACCAGGCAAACGAGCAAUAGAUUCCAAGUGGGUCUAUAAAAUAAAAUACAAAGCAGAUGGUACCAUAGAAAGAUACAAAGCAAGGUUGGUUGCAAAGGGGUUCACACAGAUUGAAGGGCUUGAUUACCAUGAAACCUUUGCACCAGUUGCGAAACUAGUUACAGUUCAUGUUCUACUUGCAAUUGCAUCCAUGAAUCGAUGGGAGCUCCACCAACUUGAUGUAAAUAAUGCUUUCCUACAAGGAGACUUAAAUGAAGAAGUUUACAUGAAAAUUCCACAAGGUUUCAACUGCAAGGACAGAGGUAAGGUGUGUAGACUCCGCAAGUCGCUCUAUGGACUCAAGCAAGCUUCAUGCAACUGGUUUGCAAAAUUUACAAAAUCUUUAAAAGAUGCAGGAUUUGUCCAAUUGUAUGUAGAUUACUCUUUGUUCACUUUUACCAAUAAUCAAAAGUUCAUUGCAGUCCUUAUCUAUGUAGAUGACAUCAUCAUAACAGGGAAUGAUCCGGGUGGCAUCUUAACCUUGAAGGUUUAUCUACACACAAAGUUUUCAAUCAAAGACCUUGGGCCAUUGAAGUUCUUUCUCGGCAUUGAGGUGACUCAAACUCCAAAUGGGAUUGUCCUUAGCCAAAGAAAGUAUGCCCUAGACCUACUCACGGCAGCAGAUUGGGCAGGUUGUCCCAUGACAAGGCGUUCUACAACUGGAUAUUUUAUAUGUCUUGGCAAUUCUCCAAUUUCUUGGAAGUCUAAGAAGCAAAUGACUGUCUCGAGAUCUUCGGCGGAAGUAGAGUAUAGGGCUAUGGCCACAACUGUUAGUGAGCUCAUUUGGUUGAAGUCUUUACUUCGUGAUCUUCAAGUCCCUCAUCCACAACCAAUGACACUACACUGUGACAAUCAAGCAGCACUACACAUUGCCUCCAAUCCAGUGUUCCAUGAAAGAAUAAAACAUAUAGAAAUUGACUGCCAUUUCGUAUGAGAAAGAAUACAAAGCAAGGAAUUAGUUGCAACACAUGUGCCAUCCCAUUAGCAACUAGUAGAUAUUUUCACUAAGGCCUUGGGCCGAGAGAAACUUUCAGCCAUCUUAUCCAAGUUGGGCACUUGUAACCUUCAUGCUCCAACUUGAGGGGGAGUAUAGAGAUGAUUGAGGCAUAAGUGGUGAAGAGUUGAUCAAGGCGGAAACGCUGUAGAGAAGAUCAAGGAACAAUUUGAAAAUAAAACUGUCAUAUCUUU